AUGUCUCCUUCAACUGUAAACGCGGGCCCAUCGACAAAACCGCAGACAGAUGUCCCUGAUGCUCUUGAUAUGACCUCCAGGGAUUACUAUGCCGAUUCGUAUGCCCACUUCGGCAUCCACGAAGAGAUGUUGAAGGAUUCCGUCCGAACGGGAUCUUACCGUUCUGCCAUCGUCAACAACGCCCACCUAUUCAAGGGCAAGACCGUUUUGGAUGUUGGAUGUGGAACUGGAAUUUUGAGCAUGUUCGCUGCCAAGGCAGGAGCGAAGCAUGUCGUUGGAAUCGACAUGUCAAAUAUCAUCGAUCAAGCUCAAAAGAUUAUUGAAGCCAACGGCUUCAAAGAUACCAUCACCCUCGUCAAAGGCAAACUCGAAGAAACCGAACUUCCAAUCAAAGAAUUCGAUAUCAUCAUUUCCGAAUGGAUGGGUUACUUCCUGCUUUACGAAUCAAUGCUCGAUACCGUUCUGGACGCUCGUGACAAAUAUCUCAAGAAGGGUGGCCUUAUCUUCCCUGACACCGCUACCCUUUACCUCGCUGCUAUCGAAGACCAGGAAUACAAAGAGGAAAAGAUUAACUUCUGGGACAACGUGUACGGCUUCGAUUAUUCAUGUAUCAAGGAUAUCGCCCUUCGCGAACCCCUUGUUGAUACCGUGGAGUUGAAAGCUGUUGUUACGAACCCAUGCCUAGUCAAGCACAUUGACCUUUUGACUGCCAAAAAGGAAGAUCUCACCUUCGAAACCGACUUCACCCUUACUUGCACCCGUGACGAUUAUGUCCACGCCUUCUUGGCCUGGUUCGACAUCUCGUUUGAAUGCACCCACAAAAAAGUGAAAUUCUCAACUGGUCCUCAAGCUCAAUAUACCCACUGGAAGCAAACCGUCUUCUACACCCCUUCCUCGAUGACCGUGCACAGCGGCGACGAAAUCAAAGGUCGUCUACAGUGUGCCCCUAACGCUCGCAAUAACCGCGACCUCGACAUUACCAUCGCUUACAAAGCCGAGGGUGAUGAAGAAGAAAAAGUUAUCCAGUACAAAAUGAGCGUACGCUAA